UUAUCUGUGCUUCACCUGCUGCGCCCACUGAGCUAGAUUGCAAUCUUCCUAGCAGCGUGUUUGUUGGAAAUGAUGAAACAUUUGUGACUGACUUCCAGUGACAGAGAAGGUUCUGGGUGGGGCUAGGUGGAAGGAUGUUUCCAUUAGGACCUCAGUGACCCGUGGAUUGGGAUCAGAACUUGCCUAUGGCCACAGAGGUAUAAGAAGACUCACCUCAUAGGAUUGCUACAAGGAUUCAGACACAUACACCUAGUACCAGGACAGCACUUUGUCUGCACUCCGUCUGCAGUAGCUAUUACUUUUUCUUUUGAAGUCAACUGGGAACAGAUCUCAGAAAAAAAAUCUCUCCACAGACACUGAAACCAAGGCACUGGGGAGUUCGAUCACUCACUGCUAGAAGAGGACAGAACUGGAAUCCGUGUUGAGGUCUCUUGGACGUCUGAGCUUCUGUUGCUGUCAUUCAACGUAGUGGCCGUGUGUCCCUUGGCUGGUCUCCAGGAACAGGUCCACCCCGGGUCUCUUCCUGCUUGCCCUGGAAAAAGUCUGAGCCCCAUUUACACCAGCGGCAGCUCAGCCAGAAGCUCAUCAUGCUGACAGAAGAGAUGAAGCUGUGGCAUGGCUUAGUGAUUGCAGUGUUGUCCCUCUUCCUCCAGAUCUGUCUCCUCAUGGCCCUCAAUUACCUGCUCAGCAGGAACAUAGCCCACCAGAGUGAACGGAUACUGAAAGAAGCCAGACUCCAGGUCCGGGAGCCUAGUUCUGCUCCCCAUCCCUUCCCUUUGGCCAAAGAGACUUGGAAAGAGUCUGCUCCCCAAUACAGGCACGAGAGCAACACGUCCUCAGACAGCUCCGUCAGUUCUGUCAGCUUGAACAACCCUGCCACCUUGCCUUCCACCUUCCAGGCCAUCAAGGAUGUGAAUUACACACCAGUGGUCUUUUCAGCCCCUGAAUCUGUCCUGGACUAUGAGAACAUCAAGGAAGCUACAGAUUAUGUCAAUGUCAAUUCAGAAAAACCCAAGCCCAAAAUCUGGACUUCUGUGAAUGCUUCUUUCGUUGAUCCAGUGGAAUACACUCAAGUGGCUGUGUGAAUUCUAGAUUUUUUUAAUAGGGUGAGAUUCUCUAUGUAUUCUUGCAUUCAUUUUGUAGCAGAAUUCCUUCCAUUAAAAAUAAGGUAGCUGGGCGUGGUGGCACAUGUAAUCCCAGUGGUUUGGGAUGCCUGAGGCGGGAGAAUCAGCAGGUCAAAGCCAG